AUGCAACCUGGAAGUGGCGGAGAAGAACCUGGAGUGUCGUGUUGGCCUUCCACCUGGUCGCAGCAGAAGCAAGUCUGUCUCUUGAUGGCACUGUACACGACCUUGGAGGCAGCAACUUCUCCGCUGCCAUCACAAGGUCUGGUGGUCUCAGCUUCGUUGAGUUCUACGCUCCUUGGUGUGGCCACUGCAAGAAGCUGGUCCCAGAAUGGGAGAGGCCUGCUGAGCUUUGCUUCACGUCUGGGCGAGUCUUGGAAUUCUUGCGACUUCUUUCGGACCGCAGAGCUGUGCAGAGAUGAUGGAAUCUUGGUGGCCAAGGUUGACUCCAUCGCUGAAAAGGCUCUAGCGCAACAGCACGAGGUGCAGUCGUUCCCAACUCUGAGACUCUUCCGAGGCAGCCCGAAGGUUUCCGUCAAGUACGAAGGUCCUCGCACUGCUGCCAAAAUGGCAGAGUGGGUCAAGGCCAAACAAAACGAAGACCUGGUCCAACGACUGCCGGCUUCUUCGGAGGAAAUCUCAGCUUGGGCCUCUCAGAAGCCGGUCGCAGUGCUGGGGCUCCUGGAGGGUGUGGUCGAGAGCAGCGUCUUGCUUCAAGCUUUGGAGGAUGCAUCGUUCACCUUGAACCCUUCGGCCGCAGGAGGCGAGGUGCCCAUUGGCAUCGUGGAGUCGACAAGCCCUGCACUCCUGGAGCUCGACAGGUUCCGGGCCGAGGCCGACGCUGCCCUGCGCGGCGUCGCUCUGCUGCGCAGUUUCGACUUCGAAGAGAAGGUGUCGGUUUUCACUCCGCAAGGCAGCUGGCCCAACAGCUUCGUGCGGCGCCCUGCUGAGGGGUUCGCAUCGGAUGCCAGAGGCUUUGAUGUCAUGGAUAGCAGCGAAGCGGGUGCCGGUCGCGUGCUUGGCGCUGAUCCCAGGAUCGGAGCAGACGGUGCGGACCCAUGCAAUGGAAGUGCACGACAUUGGUCUACAUACCCGCAGAUGAAGGAGAAGUUCUUCUUGCAGGACAUCGAUCCCGGAAAUGGCUUAGUGCUUUACUUCGGUGGCGGGCCUGGAGAUCGCAAGAUGAACUCCUGCCAGGAUGGAGCCAAAGCCCUCGACUUCCCUGCUUUUGAGGAACUGUCUGUGUCGUUCCGCAGUGAUGCGAAGCUGAAGUGGGCUUGGGCCACAGUUGGAUUGACCCCUGCCGACUUUCCAGAGGUGGCGAUCUGGGAGUUCGGAGAGACAGAGGACGCCGACAAGGUGUAUCGGCUGUCCCAGCAGUCCUCUGGAGCAGCCUUGACGCGAAAGGCAGUUCAGGCCUUCGUCGAUGACUGGCGGCAGGGGAAGCUCUCGGCAGAAAAGGAUCCGGUGGUUUCAGUCACGAGUGACACGUUCGACAGCCUCGUCAUCAACAAUGACAAGGAUGUGCUGGUCGAGUUCUACGCUCCUUGGUGCGGCCACUGCAAGGCUCUGGCUCCAGAAUACAAGCUGGUUGCCCAGCACUAUGCACAGGACGACGGCAUUUCGAUCGUGCGACCUGGUUGCCUAGACUCCGAGAAGUUGGAAGAUGGAUGCGACGAAGUGCGCCUGGUUUUACCUGAGAUGCGGUACUGGGGGUUGGAUCUGCCAGACUCCCGUCUCAGCUUGCAGGGCAAGAAGGAGACUCCCGUGGACGGGGAGUUCAAGUCAACGCGGACCAAGGAUGGAAUUCUGGCGUUCAUCGAAGAGCACCGUGCCACGAAGAAGAAGGGAGGCAAAGGAGGAUCAGAUAUCUCGUUCAAGCCACAGGCCGAAGCAGUCCGGGGCACCAGUCGGAGCGACCCCUGGGGAGCCGUUGCCGACAGCGCCGCUGGCCCAGCUCUGCCUCGACAUCUGCUAAGAGGAGGAACUGCAGCUCGAGCCAUGUGCCCGGCGAGGGAUGACUCCUUCGUGGAGCACACAGAGUACUGCAGCUGGCUGCGAGGGCGGCUGCCGAAUUGGCAGAGUUGGAAGGAACUGGAGGACGACGAGAUGGACAAGGCGGCGAUUCCAGCCCAGUGCUUCGAUGCUGGCGCUCUUGCUGGGCUUCUUAUAGCCUUCUAUGCCGCAAGCGUGGCGGCUGGGGUGGUCCUUUACUACGGAAGACCGGAGUUGUUGGAUGGAGAGAUGGAUUCACAUGGCCAGAUCUGUGCAAUCGGCAAUGUUCAACGCCCGAUGCUUUACUGGCCAGCUCCGGGUGAGGCCAGGCUUGCGACUUGCGUCGCGGAGUGUCCUUCGGAGGUGGACGUAGUGAACUCGAGGUCUGUGAGCGUGGCUACGAUGGAGCCCGUCACGAUUCAGGGGUUGCUGGAAAACGGGACCAACCACGCACAGGAGAAGGUGGCACUUGUGAAGAGGCAGAUGCUGGGAAGGAGUUCCUAUCCAGUAUACGAGACACUUCCUUGCCUCGGGCGGUUCUGCCUUCCGGACGCGAAGGCACCUGGCAUCUUCGCGUCGUUGCUGUGGGCGGCUGGUGAGCAGGGAGCCGUUGUGCCUGGCGCAUCCGUCCUGAUGGUGUACGCACGGCGAUUGCUGGGAAUCCUGCGUCAGGGGCCUCCGUGGAAGGAAUGGCUGGCCUCGCAUUCUUGGACAUUGUCGGACCUUGUCUGUGCAGCAGCCGUGAGCGUAUUCGCCCUCGGCGGGCUGUCGCAACUAGUGCAGGUAGCUUGCCCUCGAUGUGCUGCCUUUGGGAUCACGACGAUUACAGGUAGCUUGGCAGCUGCAGCCAGCAAGAUGGUGUGGGACACUCUGCGCAAAGUUGAUGCAGCAGCGACAAAAGAUGCGGCGAUCGGGUUGGAGCAAGGGAGUUUGGCUCCCGGAGGUCUGCAACUUGUGAACGCUGCCCUCCUGGUGCUUGCAGCACUCGCAGCCAUCGCACUCACUUGCAGCCGCAAAAGGCUAGUGAGAGGUGCGGCGGCGAUGUCAGCCUCGCUCCUGGCCGUGCCACGCAGGCUUCUCCUGGAGCUUUUGAUGGCCACCUUGCUAUUGGCGGUAACCCAGGUCGCUAGCCUCUUUGCUUGCGCAGCUCUAGUGCAGCGCGCUGCAUCGGUAGUAGUUCCUGACUCCCGGCUUUCGGGAGUCGCCGGGUCCACUUCGGGAGCCUUGCCAGGAAUAGAAAACUCCACGAGUGUCCUGCCCGGAUCCAAUCUGCUUGGUGAGGCCUGGCCACCAGGACCUGUAAUUUCUGACACUCAGCCUUUCGCUUUCUCGGAUGUCUUGUGCUUCUCCCUUCUGCUGGUGGUGAUACUGAUCUGCUUCUUGUGGCUGCAGCUGACGGAGGCAGUCUUUCGGGGAAAGGUGGCGCUCGAAGUGGCUUUCUGGUAUUUUUCAUUGGAUCCAGAAGAUGUGGCUCAGCCAUUGGCAUCCCCACCAGCGAUAGCAUGGGUGCUCGCACGACGUCAUGUGGGGUCCCUGGCCAAGCGUGCCUGCUUUUCCCCCCUAAGCUCUCUUUGCUCGGUUGCCUUCAGACUGAAGGCUUUUAAGGCCGAGGCCCGAGGCUCUCCCUCCUGGGCUUCCUGGGCUGAAGCCUGCUCCGGACAGCCGGCCGUGUUUCUCUCUGUCUUUCCAGGCCACGAUUUCUUUGAGUCCGCCAGCAUGAUUGCUGCCUCCAUGCCUUUUGCCUUGGAGACCUUGCGUGGAAGUCUCGGGGCUUCCUCGCUUCCUUGUUUCUUUUCCGGAGCCAGCAUGCCAUUGCUCGUCGUGGCAGUCGUGAUGCUGGUGUGUCAGCUGUGGAAGGAGCCCGAAGACGGGGAGCCACACAGGUCAACGGAGGACAGCAUUGAAGUGAUCUGGUUUUUGAUCUUGCUAGCUGCACUGCUCCCCGCCGGUAUGGCCUGGUCAACUUUCUCCGGUGCCCUCACCGAAUCCCUGCUGACCUGCUGCAUGCUCGACGAUGUCUGGUUCCAAGCUUUCCGCAAACCUGUCGAGGCUCCGCGUGCCUGGGGGCAGGAGCAUGUUCCCAGGAGUCCUGUGACGGUUGCUUCCUCCCAUGUGCUGUGGAGCAGCAGGAUGGUGCCCUUGAGGCUUCGCAUCCUCUUGACGGAAUCUGACGCAGACGUCUGA